UGAGCAGCCGGACCUGUUCCACGUGUCAUGUUGUUGAAUUAAAAUUUAAUUUCAUAUUUAUGUUCUUUGAAGUGCUUAUGUGUUAGUUUACUUUGAUAUCUGUUAGGGUCAUUUCAAAUAAGAUUUCCUUUGUGUAACGACCACUGUGUAUAUUUUGUAUCCUGUGUGGUACCCAUACGCCUGUACUCUGUACCUUACGAGGUACGUUGCCAUCAUUAUGGAAAGGGAAUAUACUGAUCAACACACCUUUAUCGGCUCUUCACAACCUCAAGGUGGGGACGCAGAGUAUAACGACGUAGUAUAUAAAACUUCCAACUACAACAUGAGGAACAACGUCAAACCAUCUUUCUGGGGCCAGCGUACUAAGCUGGAGAAGCGGCUAAUAAUGGUGGCUGCGGUGACCAGCAUCCUCGCGCUGGGCUUCCUGGCUGCCUUCGUCGCCAGCAUGAUCCUCCACAAGAAAGACCCGGACAUCUACGACAUGCCACAGACUAGCGAACUCAGGCUUUCAUCAUCCAUGCCUCCUGCAGUCAUCGCGAAGGGGUCAGAUCAAAACAGUAUCAGAGUGUGCAAUACCGCUGGAUGUGUUCACACAGCAUCUAAACUGCUUCAAAACAUGAAAGACAAAGUGGACCCUUGCGACGACUUCUAUGACUUUGCUUGUGGCUCUUUCGUGGAGAACACUCGCAUUCCGGACGACAAGACUUCUGUGAAUACUUUCUCCAUCAUCACGGAUCAGCUACAGGAGCAGAUCAGGGCCCUUCUUGACGAGCCCAUCAAACCAGCCGAGCCUAGACCUUUCGUACUUGCCAAGACUCUGUACCAAGCUUGCAUGAACCGAACUGCGAUCGAGGAGCGUGGUGUGCAGCCGCUUUUGGAGAUGCUGCGGCGGCUCGGCGGCUGGCCCGUGCUCGACGCGGACAAGUGGGACGAGCAAUCCUUCUCCUGGGAACAGUCCGUCUACAAAUUCCGUGCCGCCGGUUAUUCCGUGGACUACUUCCUCGACUUCUCAAUCAGCGUAGAUGUCAAGAACUCCACCAAAAGGAUCAUCGAUCUGGAUCAAGCGUCUCUGGGUCUGAGUCGUGAAUACUUGAACCGCGGAUUUGCAGACAAGCUGGUUCAAGCUUACUACCAGUAUAUGGUAGACAUCGCAGUCUUGCUGGGAGCCGACCGUUCCCGAGCGGAGAAAGAACUCAAAGAAUCUUUGGAGUUCGAAAUCAAACUUGCCAACAUAUCCUUGCCCUUGGAGAAGCGUCGUAAUGCCACUAGUCUGUACAACCCUAUGACCAUUGCGGAAAUGCAAAAGAAAUUCCCUUCGAUACCUUGGCUGGCGUACAUCAACCGCCUUCUGGCGCCCCACGUCACUGUCGGCCUCGACGAGAUCGCCAUAGUGUCCGUGCCAAAAUACAUCUCAGAUCUCGAGGCUUUGCUGGUACGUACUCCUCGCCGCGUUCAAUCCAACUAUGUGAUGUGGCGCGUCGCCGGCGCGUCUGUGACCUACCUUACUGAAAACUUACGCCGGCGCCAGCUCCAGUACAUCACCGCUCUCUCCGGGAAAACCGAGCGAGAGAGCAGGUGGAAAGAAUGCGCAGACACAACCAGUGGAAGUAUGUCAAUCGCAGUUGGUGCUCUGUACAUCAGAAAAUUCUUCAACGAGAACUCCAAAGCCAACGCCUUGGAGAUGGUUAACGAUAUCAGACAACAGUUCCGAAAGACGCUGAACGAAGUGGACUGGAUGGAUGACAUGACCCGGAGCGCCGCCCUGGAGAAGGCUGACGCCAUGGCCUCACACAUCGCCUACCCCAAUGAAAUGCUAGAUGACAAUAAACUCACGCAGUUCUAUGCUAAUCUCGACAUGUCAUCGGACAAACUGAUGGAGUCUGUGUUGAACCUGACGCUGUUCGGAACAGAGUACUUGUUCAGCAAACUGCGAGAACCCGUCAACAAGACCGACUGGGUCACCCACGGCAGGCCCGCCAUCGUCAACGCCUUUUACUCCUCCAUUGAAAACAGUAUUCAGUUCCCCGCCGGUAUCCUCCAAGGAGCAUUUUUCUCGGCUAAACGACCGGCGUAUAUGAACUAUGGUGCUAUCGGCUUUGUUAUUGGACACGAAAUAACACACGGUUUUGAUGAUCAAGGUCGUCAGUUUGACAAGAACGGCAAUUUGGUGGACUGGUGGCAAGAAUCGACUAAACAAAAAUACUUGGAGAAAGCUAAGUGCAUCAUCGAUCAAUACUCGAACUAUACUGUGAAGGAAGUUGGCAUGAAGUUGAACGGCGUAAAUACCCAGGGUGAGAACAUAGCGGACAAUGGCGGCAUCAAGGAGGCGUACUACGCAUACCAGGCCUGGACUCAGCGCCACGGGGAGGAGCCUCGCUUGCCAGGCCUGGAGAAAUAUACGCCCAGACAGCUGUUUUGGUUGAGUGCUGCCAAUACGUGGUGCGCGGUGUACCGCAACGAGGCUAUCAAGCUGCGCAUCACGACCGGUUACCACGCGCCCGGCCGCUUCCGCGUCACCGGGCCGCUCUCCAACAUGGAAGAGUUCGCUGCUGACUUCAAAUGCCCCGCGGGAGCCCCAAUGAACCCCAACAACAAGUGCAAAGUGUGGUAGUAAAUCACCUCCCACUGUUAUUCCCACUCGCCCAGAGACUCAACAAACCACUCUUUGUAUUGCCAUAACACAGUCUAAAAACAUAUCUGGCGGUUGCCCUUAAUUAAUAAAUUCGAUGUUUCGCUCGGGUGAGCUGUGAGCUAUGCGAAAGCAGAUUGUUCUGCUGAAUGUUUAGGUCUAGCCUGAUGUCUCGAUGUUGUUUAAAUUUGUAAAUAGAGUAGCUAAAUUAUGUUUAUAGAUAUUAUUAACAUGUGAACCCCGCGAUGAAAACAAUUGUUACUACUUUAAAUGGGACAUGCUAAACUUAUCCGCUCAAAAUCGUGCCGAUUUUGUAUAGAUUUUGUUUAGUCCUUACCCCUAUUUAUAUUUGGGUGAGAAUUUCAGACUGAGCACAUAACAUUUUUAUAUGAUUGUUAUAUAUUGUGUGUAAUAAGUACUCAUAAGUUUGUACGAUCGAAUUUGGAUUACAUUUAUACCAUUGCUCAAUGUCUGCUGUAUACUAUUCAGUAGCGAUGCGAUGCAGUUGCGAGGUUGGUCACUAAAUUAAAUAUUUUAAGUAACAAAAAGAUUUUCAAAGCUGAAAAAAUAUUAAGUUUUAAUAAGGUAUUGGUAUAAAUCAAAAUUAAACUGUACUUAUUGGUUCAACCUCGAUGUGUAUAUGUACAUGGAAGUACCAAACCAUCUUAAAGAGUCUGACUUUCAAACUACCCGAUUAGUGUGCUGUGCUGUUAGAAUUAAUUGUUAGGAAUUGGUUUGUCACAAGUCUUUAAUAUUUAUUGUAGGUCAAAGUAGUAAUGGGAUAACGUGCGAUCCGGAAUCAAUCAUAGGGUCGCUGCACGAAUCUCGCUCGUUGCUAAAUUAAUGUAUCGGACGCAUACUUAGCUGUCAACACUACUUCUUAGGAAUGACACUCGAAAUCUACCACACCACCGCAUCUGAUAUUAGAAUUUACUUAAUCCGAACAAAUGAUUCUCGAUCAAAAAUAUUCAUGUGAGUGUCUUUUCUAUGGAUGUUAAACGAACAGUGAUAAUUUAAUUUUAGAGUAAGUAUCUAGUUAAGUAUAAUACUUUUGGAUACAAUCGUAUUGUUGUAAAUCAUAACACCAAUAUAAAACCUUUUUUUUUCAAA